AUGCGUGUGUGGGGGCUUGCUACCCUCAUCACUUCACGUCCUGGUGAAGUUUGCGCUGAGUAUGGAGAGUGCCUGCAGUCCUUCCAAUCCAAUUGUACCUUCACAGCCGAGAGCAUUUUUGCAAAUCAGCCAAAGUGUGCAGUGAAGGCCGGCCGCCACCAGCACUUGGUAAAGCUGGCAAAGGAAAGUGCACCUGACUGCAAUGCUCUUUUUGUGAAUUGCAAUGGCUCCUAUUCAAGACCUGUGUACGCAGAGCAGGUGGUUCCUUGCGUGACUCCCGGGCAUCCCGUCUAUGCAACUCACCUGGAAAGAUACUUGGGGACUUCAGAUUUCAUGAAUGUACAAGGCUUUUUCGAAUCGUCCUGGUCAAGCGAGAUCUAUCAAGAACUAUUGUCCAAGCCAUCCUUUACCCAUGACUUAGUGGGUAACUCCUUUACCACUACAGUGGCACAAGCAGUAAUCUUGACCACUUUUGCAGUGGCAGCUGAUGCAUGGGGCACUGUGUCAACAAGGAUCUCACAGAUGGAGGAUGAUUCUACGAAGCAAGCAGGCCAAACUGCUGAUGUGGUUCUGAGACGCAUCAGAGGCAAGCGCAAAGCAGGAGAAUAUGGACCUCCGCGCAUGGGUGUCAUCGCUGGGAGCACAAGACGCCCAAAACCGGCCAAGAAAGGGAAACGAGUCAGCGGAGUCAGAAAGUACAAGAGAAAGAAGAAGGGGGCAGAGCGCAUUUCUCUUGGAGAGGAGGUCGACUACCGGUAUGUGAGCAGUGCAUUGCAAGCGACCAUUGAGCAGUGGAAUCAGGCUGUCUCCAUGGUCACUGAGAAGAGGCCGGAGGAACUAUUGAAGUUGCUGAAUAUGAACCUCAGAGAGGACGACCCAGAGACACAUUUGAAUGAGAUUUGUGAGCGCUUAGAGAAGGAGUUGUGCCCGAUUUCAUUGAAACCGACCAGCGCAAAUUUCCUGCUCCUUGGCCUGAUUCCGCUUAUAAAGAGCAUUCUAUGUGGGCCAAACAUUGAGAAUUUUCAUGAUAUAUAUAUAUAUUAUAAUAUGUAUAUAUACAACUAUAUAUAUGGAUAUAUAUAUAUAUGUAUGGGUAUAUAUAUAUAUAUGGGUAUAUACAUAUAUAUCCUGACACAUUGA